AUGGCUAGUGUCACUGUAAAAAAUGUGCAGAGUCCCAUCGCGUUGAGUCAACGGGCUACGGUGAUAAAGGAUGGCAUUCAGCCACUGGACUACUUUGGUCACUGGGAUGGAUUGGGUAAGGCAAAGAUGAUCAACACCGGCUCCUCGGUCAUGAUAACAUUCAGUGACCGGCCGUUUCGACCGUUCAUCGUAGGAGGCGUGUUAGGUAGUAAGUAUAUCUUCGAACAGCUCCAUUUUCACUGGGGCCAAGAAGACGGGUCCGGUUGCGAACACACCCUAGAGGGCAGCACGUACUCGAUGGAAGCCCAUGCGGUGCACUACAACGCCAAAUACGGGAGCUUCGCGGAGGCCGUCGAUAAACCGGAUGGGUUGGCAGUAUUAGGUUUUUUUGUGCAAGCUUACGGAACCGAUGACUGUCCGGCGUUCGGCAAGAUUGUCGCCGGGCUCCAACAUAUCCAAGCCUACGGCGCCCAAAUCGACGUUGACGCGGAUUGCUUGAGUUGGAUGGGCAUGCAGGACCUCAACCGUCAUUACUACACCUACAAGGGAUCACUCACAACACCGCCUUAUUUCGAGAGCGUUACAUGGUUGGUUUACAAAACACCGAUAUACGUUUCUAGUGCCCAGUUGGCAGCCUUCCGGCAGUUACAGGCCUGCCCUAAGGAUGAAAGCAAGAAGAUAGUGAACAACUAUAGACCGGUGCAAACUCCCGAUGUAAAACCAGAGGUCUUAUUUGUAAGAAACAAUCAUUCAGUCGUGCUGUCUAAGUUGUAG